AUGGCCUACUCGCAGCCCUCAACACCGACCAUGCACCCUGCUCAGGCUGCUCCUCCCAGACCUGGAUUCAGACCCCAGCAGCAACAGCAACAGCACCAGCAACUCCCAUAUGGCCAACACCCAGCUCCUCCUAAUCACAAUGUCCAGCCAGGCACCCUAGGACAGCCAGGUGGGCCUCCUGCACACCAAGGUGUGAACCCACCCAUGGGAUACAGACCAUCCAUGAAUGGAGCACCUCCACCUGGCCCUCGUCCACCUAUGAAUGGAGGCAUGCCCAGACCGCCUCAUCCUCAUAACGCAGUCGGACCUCAGCCUAACCAGCAACCGACGCCUCAACAACAGCAGCAGCAAUAUGGACAGCAGAUCGGCUCACCUCUCCAGAGGCCGCCAUCUAUCGUCGGCGCUCAACGCGCCGCUUCGCCCAUGAUACGGCCAUCGACCCUGUCCCAACCUGGAUCGCCCGGUAUGCCUCGCCCAUUUCAGUCGCCACAGAUCCAAGCUCGACCCCCUCCAGGUCAUCAACCUAGCCAUGGCCAGUCUCCCCAUGCCAACUGCCAUCCCUCUUACAAGCGAUCGACGCUAAAUGCCAUUCCCGCUACGUCGCAACUCUUGCAAAAGUCAAGGCUUCCGUUCGGUCUUGUCAUUACCCCAUACCGCAGCGUCAAGGAAGGCGACGAGCCCGUGCCAGUCGUGACAGACUCGAUCAUUGCUCGUUGCCGCAGAUGCAGGACCUAUAUCAACCCCUUUGUCAGGUUUGUUGAGGGCGGUCAGCGCUGGAAAUGCAACAUGUGUUACACACUGAACGAAGUGCCUUCUUCAUUCGACUAUGAUUCGCAGACACAACAACCCGUAGAUCGCUGGCAACGCAAGGAACUGAACCAUGCUGUCGUGGAAUACAUUGCCCCAACAGAGUAUAUGGUGCGACCUCCCCAACCUCUCGUAUACUUGUUCGUGAUCGAUGUUUCGUACGCUGCCAUUCAAUGUGGCAUGGUGGCAACGGCUGCAACAACCAUUUUGGAGUCAUUAGACCGCAUUCCCAACGAUGAAGGCCGCACCAAAAUCGGCAUCAUCACCGUCGAUAGCUCGAUUCACUUCUAUAACCUGAAUACCGCUUCAGGAGAGCCACAGAUGCUGGUCGUAUCCGACCUUGAAGACCCAUUCUUGCCCCAGCCACAGGACUUGUUGUGUAACCUCAAGGAAUGUCGCCCAACGCUGGAGGCGCUUCUGAACAGGAUGAGUGACAUGUUCAAAGAUACACAGAACGUCGGCAACGCAUUGGGCCCAGCACUGCAGUCGGCCUAUAAAAUGGUAUCUCCGAUCGGUGGCAAAAUUAUGUGCCUGCAGGCCACCUUGCCAAAUUUAGGGACAGGCUCGCUCAAGAUGAGAGAGGACGCAAAGUUGCUAGGAACAUCUAAGGAAUCAACCUUGCUGCAGGCGGCAUCGCCUUUCUACAAGACACUGGCAGUUGAGUGCUCAAAAUCUCAAGUUUGCAUCGACAUGUUCCUCUUUGGAUCCCAGUAUUCCGAUGUGGCCACCCUCAGCUGUCUCCCUCGAUACACAGGCGGAAGCACCUUCUUCUACCCAGCCUUCACUGCAGCAAAGUCGGAGGACGCCCUUAAGUUUGCUCACGAGCUGGCGGAAUUUGUGUCGCAGAGGAUUGCUCUGGAGGCAGUGAUGAGAGUCCGCGCGUCCAAGGGACUGAGGAUGUCGGCCUUUUACGGCAACUUUUUCGUGCGCUCGACCGAUCUGCUGUCCUUGCCCAAUGUCCCACGCGACCAGUCGUAUUCUAUUGAAGUGAGCUUUGAAGAUAACCUCAACAUCCCGGUUGUCUGCUUCCAAACGGCACUAUUGCACACGUCCUCUUCUGGUGAGCGACGUAUCCGUGUUUUGACUCUGGCCUUGCCAGUGACCAACAGCCUCUCGGACUUGUUCCUUUCUGCAGACCAGGUUGCCAUCGCGACAUUGCUUGCCUGCAAGGGUGUCGAACGCGGCAUGAGCUCGAAAUUGGACGAUGCUCGUGACGCACUGACCAACAAAUGCGUCGAUAUCCUGGGCGUCUAUAAAACUCACUUGACAGCAUCAUCCACCGGAGCAACUCCAAACCUGCAGAUCUCAGAUAAUUUGAAGCUCCUGCCACUGCUGACCCUCGGCAUGCUGAAACACGUCGCUCUUCGUGGAGGUUCCCAGAUUCCAUCGGACCUUCGGUCCUAUGCAAUGCAUCUUUUCUCAACUUUGCCGUCUCAGUGCCUAAUCCCAUAUAUCCAUCCUAAACUUUAUUCUUUGCACAACAUGCCCGAGAACUGCGGCACGAUCGGCUCGAAUGGAAUCGAGAUGCCCCUGGCCCUGAACCUGAGCAGCGAACGCCUCGAGCGCGGUGGAUUGUUCUUGCUGGAAGAUUCGCAAAAUAUUUUCUUAUGGAUUAGUCGGGAUGCUGUUCCUCAGUUGUGCAUGGAUCUCUUUGGUGUGCCCAAUUAUGACAGUAUCCGAGGCGGAAAGACCACGCUUCCUACAUUGGAGAGCGACUUCAACCAGCGCGUAAACUUGAUUGUUGGGAAGAUUAAAGAGAUGCGCAGAACGGCCUACUACCCACAGAUGUACAUCAUCAAGGAUGAUGGCGACCCAGCGCUGCGUCUCUGGUUCCUGAGCCACUUGAUCGAGGAUCGUACAGAGCCCAUCAUGGGCUAUCACCAAUACCUCGGCCAUCUCAAAGAUAGGACACUAGCUUUCGAAAGCAGAACAAAGCAAUGA